AUGGGUUCGCAAGGAGUUCAGAUUUCCCCGCAACCACAUAUCCCCAAGGCAGGUGUUUGGGUCCCAGCAGUGACUAUCUUCGAUCAAGCCACCGACACACUCGAUCUCGAGUCGCAGAAGAAAUACUAUGCGUAUCUGUCACGGACGGGUUUAGCUGGGCUGGUGAUCAUGGGCACGAACUCCGAGGCAUUUCUGUUGACGCGGGAAGAGCGAGCUCAACUGAUCGCAACUGCGCGUGAGGCUGUUGGCCCUGACUACCCUCUGAUGGCCGGCGUAGGCACGCACUCGACGAAGCAGACGCUCGAAUUAGCCCACGACGCUGCUGCUGCGGGCGCAAACUAUUUAUUAGUCCUUCCGCCGGCCUAUUUCGGCAAGGCAACCAAUACAAAUGUUGUCAAACGAUUCUUCGCCGAUGUGGCGCGCAAGAGCCCCCUUCCAGUGCUCAUCUAUAACUUCCCCGGUGUCUGCAAUGGGGUUGACAUCGACUCUGAAACCAUCACGGAAAUCGUGCGCGAGUCUGCGGCGGCAAGCCCCGACGGAACUUCCAACAUUGUCGGAGUCAAAUUGACAUGCGGCUCUGUGGGUAAGAUUACGCGCUUGGCUGCCACUUUUGGUCCAACCGAGUUUGCCAUCUUCGGUGGACAGUCUGAUUUCCUGGUUGCGGGACUGACAGUCGGGUCGGCGGGAUGUAUCUCGGCAUUUGCGAACGUGUUCCCUAAGACGGCUUCUAAAGUUUACCAACUCUUCACCGACGGUAAGAUGGCCGAGGCGAUGGAACUGCAGCGGUCUUCGGCGCUGGCUGAGACACCUUGCAAGGGUGGAAUUGCCUCGACUAAAUAUGCGGUGGCGCUGUACUCGGCCGCCGCGGCGGGGAUUGAGAAUGCCCUGGAGAAACUCAAACCACGCACACCGUACGAGGAAGCCGGUGAAGGGGUCAAGAACACGAUCAAGGAACUGAUGGAAGCGAUAGCGGGUGUUGAGGCAACGAUCUAG